GCUCCACCGCAGCUGACUGGCAGCACUUGUUUACUGGUGAAGAUACACAGGGAGAGACGAGAGGGGAAACCGUACCGCCGACAACACGAGAGAAGUUUUUCCCCCACUUUCAGCCCAUUCUCACGCCAAUGAGUCCAUCGAAACCGCACACCGGGGUCUUGUGGACGGAACUGAGCGGUUUUAUGGGCAGCCCGGAAACGCGUUGGACGCUGGUCUGUUGAUUAACGUGGAAGAUUAAAACGCAACGCGGCCGUGACGCGCGUAACGUUACGCUCACACUUCGGUAGCAUUGUGCUUCUGGAAGCAUUGCUUUAGGGGGAAUAUCCAGAUUUGUAUGGGCCUCUGAACGCUUUGGAUUUACACAAACGUGUGUGGAUGUUUGAUAUUAGGGGACGUUGGCUUUUCUGACUGUAGACUAUAAAUAUAUAUAUAUUUAUAUUUUUGUGUGUGCUUGUGUGUAUUAGUCAUUUUUCUGAUAGGAACAUUUGGCAGUGCAUGAAAAACGAACUGUGGAAUAACGCUUUUAAUUUUUUUUCGUUCAAAUGAGGCAUAUUAUUUGAAUUUUGGACUAUCGGGAAGCUUUUCUGUGAACAUUUGAGAGAUAUUUUUUGUUUUUAAAGCCACCUUGGGUACCGUAUUACUACUACUAUUUUUAUUAUUAACUUUGAAUUAAAUUUCAAGCUAAAACAUGGGUAUGAAGAGUUGCAAUGUACUGUUACCUUAAGGGUAUCUCAUCCCUAGAAGGGUGGGAUUGACUCCAGGGAAGAAAUGCAUGGACUUUUUCAUACUUGAUCUACUGAAAGCAAAGAUGAAAUCGAAAAGUCGUUCAAAAUGAUUUUUAUUCAUUUAUUUUUCACUAGGGUGCAGGAUCAUUUUAUUUAAUACUGCGUGGGCAACAACUACUUUAAUUGAACAUUGUCUUUAACUGAAGCACGCUGGACCCCUGGGUCCCCUUCUUUGGGGGUCUCAUUUAAAUUGUACCUGACUUUUUCCUGCCUGGAUAUAAGAUAAUCAAGAUUUUAUUUUAUUUUAUUGCUCGACAACCGUUUUUUGGAAGGAACCGUUUUCCAAGGAAACUAAAACGUGUCGCGAAGCAUAAUGCGGCUGGACACAUCUGUGGUUGUUUUGGUCACUUUCGCCUACAUCGUGUGCUUCUGUGGAUCCCUACAUGGAGAAAUUUGCCCCAGCACAGAUAUCCGCAACAAUGCGAGCCACCUGCGCGUUCUGGAGAACUGCACGGUGAUCGAGGGCCACCUGAAGAUCCUGCUCAUGUUCAAAACCAGACUGGAGGACUUCCAGGGCUUGAGCUUCCCGAAGCUGUUUGUGAUCACCGACUACCUGCUCCUCUUCCGCGUCUAUGGCCUGCAAAGUCUGGGCGACCUCUUCCCGAACCUCACUGUCAUCCGUGGCAACAACCUCUUCUUCAACUACGCCCUGGUCAUGUUCGAAAUGAUCCAGCUGAAGGAAAUCGGGCUCCACAGCCUGACCAACAUCACGCGAGGAGCGGUGCGCAUCGAGAAGAACCCCAACCUCUGCUAUUUGUUCACUCUCGACUGGUCCAAGAUCUCCGACUCGGUGGAGGACAACUACAUUGUGGCAAACAAGGACGAGCGGGAGUGCGGCGACAUUUGUCCGGGUACCAUCACGGGGACGAUAACCUGCAAACAGACCACCAUCAACGGGAAUUUCGGCGAGCGUUGCUGGAACCAGAACCAUUGCCAAAGAAUUUGUCCUUCUGAAUGCCUCCAUGGUGCUUGUACCCCCCAUAAAGAGUGCUGUCACGACCAGUGUCUGGGCGGCUGCUCUGUGCCAGGGAAUGCGACCAAAUGCGUGGCUUGUCGCAGCUUCCUGUUUGGCGACACCUGCGUGGAGCUCUGCCCGCCGGGCUACUACACCUUCAAGGGAUGGCGCUGUGUGUCCUUAAAAUUCUGCCAGGACCUCCACAACAAGUGUAAGGGCAAGAGCGGCGACUGCCACGAGUACGUCAUCCACAACGGAGCCUGUAUCCCAGAAUGCCCGUCUGGAUACACCACCAUGAAUUCCACCUCGUUGAACUGCAAGCCGUGCACCGGUCGAUGUCCCAAACUGUGUACAGGGGUGAAGACGGUGGACUCGGUCACCGCUGCUCAGGCUCUGCGCGGCUGUACGCUGCUCAACGGCAGUCUGAUCAUCAAAAUCAGCAAAGGAAACAAUAUCGCUGCCGAGCUGGAGUCUAGUCUGGGUCAGCUGGAGGAGAUCACAGGCUAUCUGAGCAUCCGCAGAGCCCACGCUCUCGUCUCGCUCUCCUUCCUCCGCAAGCUGCGUGUCAUCCGCGGAGAAACGCUGGAAGCCGAGAACUAUUCUUUCUAUGCCUUGGACAACCUGAACUUGCGACAGCUGUGGGACUGGAACAAACACAACCUCACCAUCCUCAACAGCAAGAUGUACUUUGUCCAAAACAGCAAGCUCUGUAAGUCAGAGAUCCUCCGGAUGGAAGAAGUGACCGGGACCAAGGACAGGAAGAACGACGUCAGCAUCCCAGCGUAUGCAGACCAGACCUACUGUGAAAACCAAGUUCUUAAAUUUACGCAAAUCCGCACAACCCACGACAAGAUCCUCAUUAAGUGGAAAGCGUUCUGGCCAUCAGACUUCAGAGACCUGCUGGGAUUCAUGGUCUUAUACAAGGAAGCUCCUUAUAAGAACGUGACUGAAUAUGACGGGCAGGAUGCCUGUGGCUCUAACAGCUGGGCGAUCGCAGACGUGGAACCUCCUGAGCGCGGCUCCGAGGGCAAAGGUCAGAGCGAUCCGGGUCUCAUCAUCAUGCCUCUGAAGCCCUGGACCCAGUACGCCAUCAUGGUCAAAGCCCAGCUAGCCGCCUCUGACGACCACCUCGUCCGCGGGGCCAAGAGCGAGAUCAUCUACCUCCGCACCAACGCCACCCAACCCUCGGUACCUCUGGACCCCAUUUCCUGGUCCAACUCCUCCUCCGAGAUCAUUCUCAAGUGGAAACUGCCCUCCGACCCCAACGGCAACAUCACCCAUUACAUCGUCUCCUGCCAGAAGAAGGAUGAAGAUAGCACGUACUACAAGUUCGACUACUGCCAGCAAGGGAUGAAGGUGCCGUCCCAUACGCCGACACACCACGACAUCGAAGAUGACCAGAAGGGGAACCAAACGGAGGAGCCCGACCAGAUGGGCCACUGCUGUGCCUGUCCUAAAACAGAGACGCAGCUGAAGAAAGAGGCCGAAGAGACUGAAUUCCGCAAGACCUUUGAGAACUACCUCCAUAAUGAAGUGUUUGAACCCAGACCCCACCGACGGCGGCGCUCAGUUGGUGUGGCUAAUGCUACUUUGCCAAAUUUUGUGAGCGCAUCGUCCGACCUGCCCAACUUUUCCACCACUCCGAGCCCAGAGAAGGAAAACAGUCAGAAGAUGGUGUUCAAAGCUAGCUCCAAAGAGUUCAUGGUCAUCCCCAACCUGGUCCACUUCACCAGCUACCAGAUCGAGAUCCAGGCCUGCAACCAUCCCACAGACCCAAACCGCUGCAGCAUGUCGACAUACGUCAACGCCCGCACGCUGCCCGAACUAAAAGCUGACAACAUUGUCGGGCCAGUGACUCACGAAUUUUUUCCGGAUGAACCCGAAUUUGUCUUCAUCAAAUGGCAGAAGCCGAAAGCGCCCAAUGGCAUGAUCAUACUGUAUGAACUCAAAUACAUGAGGAUGUCGGAUAGCUAUGAGGAUCAAAUAUGUGUGUCCAGAAUCACUUAUGAAAAAAUCAAUGGCUAUCGAUUACGAGUAGGGCAUCCUGGGAAUUAUAGUGUGAGGAUACGUGCCACUUCGCUGGCCAGCAACGGUUCCUGGACGGAGCCUGCAUACUUCUUUGUUCAAGACAGGGAUUUGAACAUAAAAAUCAUCAUCGUCCCGCUCAUCUGCAUCAUUAUACUGCUGUUUCUGGCCAGUACAGCCUUCAUUGUCCUUAGGAAGAAACAAACUGAAGGACCGACUGGCCCACUGAUUGCUUCCUCAAACCCAGAAUAUCUAAGUGCAAAUGAUGUGUACAUCCCAGAUGAAUGGGAGGUGCCUCGGGAGAAGAUCAGCGUAAUGAGAGAGCUCGGUCAGGGAUCAUUCGGAAUGGUGUAUGAAGGCAUCGCGAAAGACAUUGUGAAGGGCGAACCGGAUACGAAAGUGGCCGUUAAAACCGUCAACGAGUCGGCGAGCCUGCGUGAGAGAAUCGAGUUUCUCAACGAGGCUUCGGUCAUGAAAGCUUUUAGCUGCCAUCACGUGGUCCGCUUGCUCGGUGUGGUAUCUAAGGGGCAACCGACAUUAGUCGUCAUGGAACUGAUGACACACGGAGAUCUGAAAAGCUACCUGCGUAGCUUAAGACCUGAUUCUGAGAAUAACCCAGGUCGUCCUCCGCCAACCUUGAAGGAGAUGAUCCAGAUGGCGGCGGAGAUAGCAGAUGGCAUGGCGUACCUCAGCGCUAAGAAGUUCGUCCACAGAGACCUUGCUGCCAGAAACUGCAUGGUGGCUGAAGAUUUCACUGUGAAAAUUGGAGAUUUUGGUAUGACGCGAGACAUCUAUGAGACUGAUUACUAUCGCAAGGGCGGGAAGGGUUUAUUGCCCGUCAGAUGGAUGGCACCAGAGUCCCUAAAAGAUGGCGUUUUCACCGCUCACUCGGAUUGCUGGUCUUUCGGAGUGGUAUUAUGGGAGAUCAGCACACUUGCCGAGCAGCCUUACCAGGGACUCUCCAACGAGCAAGUGCUCAAGUUUGUCAUGGAUGGAGGAUACCUGGACAGACCUGAUAACUGUCCAGAGAGAAUGCAUAGCCUCAUGCAGAUGUGUUGGCAGUACAACCCGAAGAUGCGGCCCACUUUCCUCGAGAUCAUCGAGAUGAUCAAGGAGGACCUGCAUCCCACUUUCCAAGAGGUCUCCUUCUUCUACAGCGAGGAGAACAAACCGCCUGAGAGCGAGGAGUUCGACAUGGACUUCGAGAACAUGGAGAGCAUACCACUGGACCCCUCAUCCUAUUCCCAACGCGAGGAGAGCCUCAGCAGGGACAACGGCCCCUCGGUGGGCCUACGGGGCAAUUACGAGGAGCACGUGCCCUAUACGCAUAUGAACGGUGGAAAGAGAAAUGGCAGAACUCUGUCUUUACCCAGAUCAAGUCCAUCCUAACGUUUGCCUCGGCUUUUUCUCUCUCGGUUUUUUAAAGAAACGUUUUCAAAUGCGUUAUUUUUGUUGAGGCCCUUAAAGAUACAGAUCUCAGGUCUUUUUUGUUCGUCGUCGUCGUUGUUGUUAUUGUUUUUCCAUCUCACAGCUACACUUGUAUGGUUACAGCGAAAACGGACGCUAUAUCACCCGUCAUCUGACGCACCAUUCGCUUUCUGACACUUUUACACUUUUGCCAAGUUGGGCAGUGGGGAAAUGCAAACUGUGAACAUGACUAAAUCAACCAGAAAAGCUGCUUCGGCUAGGUCACCUCAAAGUCCACUUCCCUCUCCUUUGGAAGCUUAUUUCUUGUCUCUCUCUCGCUCUCUUUUUUUUUAAAAAUAUUUUAAGAUAGUGGCCUAUAAAAAGAGAAGUGUCUAUCAA